UUAUCACUCUUACUACAAUGAUAUCAUCGUAUCAAUGAUAUCUCAUUUUACACUUGGACUUUAUCAAUUAGUUUUGAAAUUCCUUUAGUAGGCAACGUCCUGAGGAUAUCAACGGAAUCUCCGUUUUUUAUAAAGAAGAUAAAUUAUAUUCUAAAUUUCUAAAUUAUUGCACUGGUAUAAUUUAAAAAUUCGAAUUGUAUCUACACAUUAUUAUUGUUUGUGAUUUUUUUUUUGGAACUUAAUUUGAAAUAAAAAUGUGUUUGCCGGUCGCGAAUUGUUGUUUUUGCAUUAGUUUAAGUGUUGGCGCCAAAAUAGUGGCCGUUUUAAGUCUGAUCGCGUCCGCGGGAACAUCUCUCAUCUACAGCACAGCGGCCAUGUUGCCCAAACUUGAAAAUGACGUCAGAAGAAUAUGCUACUGUGUCAUAGCUUUAGCAGCUGCCAUUAAAUUCAUUAUGGCGUGUGUCAUGACAUUUGGCACCUUUUUAAAAAAACCAAAACUCCUAUAUCCAUGGCUCCUCACCGCCUGGCUGUACUCCGUCCUCCUCAUAGUGCUGUCCCUCUGCGGCACGAUCCUCAUGGCGCUACAAUAUUCAAAAGAUUUGCAAACCUCUGCGGAAGUCAACACAAUGGUGUCUGUGUACUUCAUUUAUGCGAUAAUAUUAUACUAUUUCGCGUCCGUGGUCAAUAGCAGAAGGGAAGAAAUGAUUAGAGAUUUUUACACAUACAGGGGACACCAUCUAAUAGGACACAGAGUUUUACCGAAAAUGUAUCCAUAAUUAAUAAUGUUUUGAUUAUAACAAACAUGAAAAUCUUUUUUAAUCCUUCGGUGUAAUAAUAGAAUUGUUGUAUUUGGGUUGUAUGUAAGUAAGUGAACGAAUAAAAAAUGAAGACUAAAUAAUAUUUUUUAUGGAUUAAAAACAAGUGAAGAUCUCGUUAUAUUAUAAAAUAAAUGAAUACUUUUUUUA